AUGAUUGAAGUCACAAGAGCAAUGAUCGGGAGAUUAGGAAAUACCACGACGAUCAUCAAGGACAGAUUCCUAGGGUUUCUAAUCUGGCAAUCAUGUCAAUCAACCCUAGUCUACUUUCUCUGCAAAACCCUGCUUGCCCCAUUAGCCCCAUCGACCACCUUCUCAGCCCGCCGUCUUUGCCUUCCUCUUCUUCCAACUCUCCCUCCUUCUGUUCUCCACUUCCCUCUUCCUGGCCAGCCCUUGCCUUCCGAUUUUAGACGGAGAGCCAGGAUUACAUUGAGCUUUAUACUGUUCCUAGCUUCCUCCGGGGUGUCUGCUUUUCUGUCUGUUGUUUGCCUUUCUGGGUGUCAGGUUUUUGGAGCAUUAGGGCUAAGGGGUUUGGCUGUUGGAUUGAUUUACGGAUCACAUUAUGUGCUCACUAGGAGAUGGGUUUUGGAUUUCCCCAUCGUUCAGCGGCCUGUUUUCUUCAGCUACAAAAUGGGCGUCCGCAAGGCAAUUGUAAAAGCCAUUAAGCUGUCAAGUGCUGGUCGCUGUCAGUUGAGGCUUCGCCCGCUCGCUACUUCGCAGACCGGAGCUACCGUCGCUGUGAGUUCGAGUUCGAUCACCACCGCCGCCGUUGAAGAGAAAGGAGCCACGAGUCGAUGCAGGUGUGAUCCUGAUUCAAGAUCCGGGUGUGGGGGCGUUGUUCCUCUGGGACCCAAAGGAACCAUCGCCACCACCACGAGGUGGUGGCUGACGACGUAA